AGUAAUCUGAUCAUUUGUAAAUAUUUCUAAAUUAAUCUUAUUCCUACUGUCACUGGAAUGAAUACUGGAAAUGUUGACACUGUAUGUUGACGCCGUGUUGAAAUGUGUUUGUUUUAUUAUUUAUUUAAUUUAUUUUCUGUCGGCCGAAGUCUGGCUCGUCUGUCUGGAAUCCUUUUAAAGGCGACGCGUCGCUGUCUGCUGCUGCAGAAGAGCUCAGAUGGGAACAACAUUUUCAAAAAAUGGUCCUCAAACUUCAGGGCCUGGAGAAGCUGGCGGGACACACUGCCGUCCGCUCGGUCAGAGACUGUACUUUUAAAGGCAGCGGUGUCAACUAAAACGAUGCAGUCCCUGCCUAUGGAAGUGGGCAGCAGCAGCUCAGCUCCCAGCGACACAUCUGGCUCGGUGGUGCAGGUGUGCUUCCCCAGCGCUCGGACCUCGAUGCUGGACAGCCUGAACCGGCAGAGAGAAGACGGCAGGCUCUGUGACCUCUCCAUCCACGUCCAGGGGCACGUGUUCAAAGCCCACCGCUGCGUCCUGGCCGCCUCCUCACCUUACUUUCACGACCAGGUACUACUAAAGAACAUGUCUACAGUCUCUAUCCCGGCGGUAAUGGACCCGCUGGCGUUUGAGAGCGUGCUGAGCUGCGCCUACACCGGUCAGCUCCAGAUGCUGCGCGAGGACAUCGUGAACUACCUCACAGUGGGCAGCGUCCUGCAGAUGUGGCACAUCGUGGACAAAUGCACGGAGCUGCUGAAAGAAGGCCGGGCGGGGGGAGGGAGCAGCGGAGGAGGUGGAGUGCAGGAUGGAGCCAGUGCAGGAGGAGGUGGAGGGUCAGCUAACCUCGGGUGUAGCAGCAGCAAUGGUGACGGUGGCGCAGGUGGUGGUAACGCAGCUGGUAGUGAUGGUGGUGCUGGUGGUGGUCAAGCCCAGGUUGUAGGGUCCAACGAGCCCCAGCGUGCCUCCCAACCUCCCAGCCGGCCGUCAGUGAGCGAGAGCCAGUCUCCCAGCAGCACCAACUACUUCAGCCCCAGGGACGGGAGCAGCUUUGGAGGAAGCUGUGCAGCUGCAGCUGGGGCUUCAGUGGACGGAGGCGGGGCUAGCAACACCCCCGGCUACUGCACCCCAUCGGGAGGAGAGGAAGCCUUUCUUAUUGAGGAAGAGGAGGAGGAAGUAGAGGAGGAAGAGGAGGAGGUGUUGUACCACCAGAGGAAGAGAGGAAGAGGGGGCAGCGGGAGGAGGAAGAAAAUCAGCUCAGUGUCUGAGCAGGAAGUUGGAGUCAGUGACAGCUUUGGCGUGUCUUCCUAUCAGGAUGGGGAGAACUCCGCGUUGACACCGCAGAAGCGUCCUACCUACAGCCAGCCCAGCAUCAUGCCUCGUAAACAGUGGGUGGUGGUGAAAACCGAACGCAUGGAGGACGAUGACCUGAUCGUAGUGUCCGGGGAGGAGGGAGAAGACGAGGAGGACGAGGAGGACAGGGAGUUGGAGCUGGCCAGGGAGAGGGCUAGAAGCGACUUUAACAUCUCAAACGUCAGGAGCCUUUCAGCUGAGCUGGGGGGCAGAGCUGAGAAUGACAUGGACUCACAGGUUGACUACUGCCAGUCUUCAGAAGACUACCUCAAGUUUGAAGGCAGUUUAAUGGACCAGACUUUAGCUCAGCACCUUCAUGACAGUGCGGCAGGUCAGAGCCAGAGCGCUAACCGUGCUGUUUCAGCGCUGCUGGGCCAGGUUCAAUCUGCAGCCACCGCCCGGGCCCAGCUGUUCCCCCUGGACAUGCAGGGGAACCAGAUCCUCCUCUACAGCCAGGCCUCCGGACUCUCUCUGGACACUGCCGCCGCUCCCCUGGGAAUGGCAGGUGGUAUGAUCGGAGGAGCCUCUUUCAAAGGUCCCAGUCUGGAGCACGGUGCGGUCCACCUGUCGGUGCAGGGCGGUUUGGGAGUUGACGGCAUGGACAGCGGGGGGAUUGGAAGCGGAAAUGGUGGCAGUAACAGCAGCUCUGGGGGUUCAGGGAAAGUGUUUAUGUGCCACUGUGGUAAGACCUUCACCCACAAGAGCAUGAGGGACCGCCACAUUAACAUGCACCUGGACCUGAGGCCGUUCCACUGCCCCGUCUGUGCCAAGAAGUUCAAGAUGAAGCAUCACCUCACAGAACACAUGAAGACGCACACAGGCCUCAAACCUUACGACUGCCUCGGCUGCGGCAAGAAGUUCAUGUGGCGCGACAGUUUUAUGAGGCACCGCUCGCACUGCGAGAGGCGCAGCGGGCUGGGAGACAGCGGCGAAGGCGGGAGCAGCAGAGAUGGAGGGAGAAGAGGAGAUGGAGGUGAGGAUGGCCCUGAUUUGAUUUCCUCCCCUCACCUCCUCCUGUCUGCAGGUGAGGGCAGUAUUCUGGGAGGAGGAGGAGGAGGAGGAGGGGGAAGAGGAGGAGUGUCUGUUUCUUCUCCGCAUCUUUCCGCCGCUGUUCUGUCGCCGCAGCACGCUGGCGUCUCAGCAACUGGAAGUAACAGCGGGAACAGUGUGAGUAACAGCGGCAGUAGUGCUAUGAGCAACAUGGCUGCUGCAGGGGCGCUUCUAGGGGUCGUUUCUCAGAGUCCGGGUCAGGGAUCAGGGAUGUUUAGUGGUCUAGGGUUGGGUCGAAGUGUGUGUGAUGAAGACGUGUGUGAAGUCGGUGCCAAUGACAGUAGUGUGACUUAAACCAAAAUUGUGUGCAAUGUCUAACGGGUGCCUCUUUCUGAGCAAACGAUCAUCUUGUUCCUGCUGCUGUUUUUACAAAAUAGUAAACUUGGAAGAAGCGCAGUGCUCUUCUGAAACACUUUAACUGCCAACACUCAGCAUUUCAAGCAGGAAGUGCGUACUUUGUCAAGUAUGGGGAAAAAAGGCGAGGCUCCCGUUGGACACAACCCUGAAGAAUCUGUUAGUAUUUAUAGAAAAAUGGGACUUCCAGUCGACUGUUGUGCCGUGAAGUUGCCAUCUUAAAUUAAACUCAAUUCUGGUACCGCAAAGACUUUAGAAAACUUGCCUCCUUAAAAGUGGCCUCAUUAAAAAUGGACCUUCUGUCUCAGUGAGUAAGCUAUUGUUUAAAAUAUCCGAGAUCUUAUCAAAGUUUUAUUUUUUUUUGGUUUUGUGAAAGAAUGCUGCGCGUGUCGAGAGGAAACCAAAAAUGAAAAGACAGUGCUUACCUUCUGUGGCGACGUUCAGUAGUAUCAGUAGAGUAGAAAAAUGUCUGUUCUAAAUUGCUGUGAUUUCCUGCAGUAGUGUAUUGUAAUGUAUCACUGUCAUAUGAUUGAAGUAAAUAAAAAAACACACAUCUGCAAGAGAAAAGAGAAAAACUUACUCAACAAGUAAUUCAUAUAAGAAAAGAACAAGCUGAAGUUGCAGAUGUGUGUUUUUUUCCUUACAGUGGUAACAGACUAACUGUCAGCACUGCCAUGUUGUUUUAGAUGAUACUACGGUGCUGCUUUGCUUGAAAUCUAUUCUGGAUUACAGUGAAAGGCUCAAUAAUUUAUCCUCACCACCCUGAAAGAUCCCAGACAUGUGCAGAUAUUUAACAGACAGGAACAAUUUUGUCUUUCGGCUUCAUGUAGGAUUCAGCCGGUGAGCUCGAGCCUCCUCCAGAUUCAUUUUUCAAAACAUAACAACCUGUUUGCUUGUUGAAGUAGCAAAAGUCCAAGAUGAUGUUGUCAGUCUCUUUACGAGUAUGGUCCGGCCCUACAUAAACACAAACACUACCUGUAACUGAGAAGCUCGAAACGUGCCCUCCGGAGCUUUAAGAGCAGGAGGCGAUGAAUCUACUCAGUAGAAGCCCCCCCCCACUGGCUUUCAAUUUUGCUGCUGUUGCCUGCUUUCACUUUCUUGUUCACAGAGUUCUCGUGCUUUGAGAAGUAUAUUGUUACUGUAAAUAUAUAGAAAUAUAUGUGGUUUACUGAUCAGACCUGGAACUAAAACUAACUUGUUAUACUGAUAGGUUUGCUGCCGUCUGCUCUGCUUUGGCAGGAGUUAAUGAGUUGUCGAGAAGGUUUUUGAAAGUGCGAUGAAUGUGAUGAAAAGUAUCAAAACCUAGCAACGUUAGAUGGUGGUCUUAUCAAAAAAGCUAUACAGUGUAUAGUGUGUUUACAAGCGUACCUCCUCCGAAUAGUUGAUAGAGUAGAUUUUAAUCUACAAAUGUAAAGAGAACCUUCUUUUUCAGCAGCCGUUAUGCACACGAAGAAGAAAAAAACGUCUUUUUACUUUCCAAAAUGUUGUUAUGAAGAGUGUUACACGUUUCAUUUGCCUCUUUGUCUUUGGAGUACAAUAUUUUCCACUUGUGGAUUUUCUUCCUGCAGUAAUUUAAAAGCAUUAUUGAGUCAUACAGGUUCUGACCUCCCAAAAGUUUGUAAAUGUUGAGCGACAUUUUAUCUCUUAAUGACAUUAGAGGUGAGCAGUGUUUCCGUCUCUGUUCUUGUUCAUGUUUCAGCAGUGGUUUUGGCUCCUGGAUGUGAAUGUGGUAAUAGCAAAGGUACUUUGUUAUAAAGAAAAGCAUUAGUUUGAAAUAUAAUUUAAAAAGUGGUUCGGUUCAAAUAUAAGUUUUCGAUUUAAUAGAUAAAGAUUUUAGGUAAAGUUUUAAAGAAUUUCCACCAUGCAGUUCAUUAUUUUUUCUUUGUCCCAGUGUAGAGAGGAAAAUGCAGGGCAGAGAGUCAUCUGUCAAACACCCUGAAUAUUGUAUUUCCUUUUUAUCCCCAUUUAGAACAGUGAUUGUAAAGCUACUAAUUAAUUAGUUGAUAGAAAAAAUAUUCAGUGACAAUUUUAAUACUUGUGUCAGGUCAAAAGUGUCAGAUGAAAAUACAAAACAUUUUGUGUUAAUUGGUUGAUUGGCAUUCUUGUCUAUUCAGAUUGAUUUGUAAAUUUAAAACCUUUUUUUCUGUCCAUAGAAAAAUGGUGUAAGAAAAUAAGACGUCUCAUUUGGUUGUAUUAACUUAAAAAGAACACUAGUCAUAAUGUUAGACUAUUUGAAACAAUUAAUCUGAUAUUAUUAAUAAUAAUAAUAAUAAUUGAAACCACUGCUAAAUUAAUAUUUGGGGAACUGCUGCAUUGCUGAUAAUAUUAGUUUCUUGUAGGAUCUCAGGAUCCUCUUGGUUCACUCACAAUAAAAACAAAAUUAAACUUGCUCUCAAUUUGUUUACUUUGAACCUCAUAGAAAUGUAACCUCACAGUUUCUCUUCCUCAGUUCUCCACUGUGGUGAAAACACACUAUUAGUUCUUUGCUGUAUCUAUACUGGUUCUGUAGCUGUUAGAGAAUAAAAUCAGUAGCGUGGGAUGAUUUAUGGACCAUACUGAACAUGUAGCGGUACAACUACUGUGAGGGGCAUUACACUGCACAUAAUACACAGUAUGAAUACUUUCUGCAUUUGUUUUUCCAUUAAAACACUGAGUUGGUUAUGUUUGUAAAGGAGGUUGUAUUUUUCCAUCUUGUCAACAUGUUUGAAAGUGGGACAUAAUAAGUUCAGUUGCCUUAACAGCACAUUGACUUACUCAUUCAACUAAUUGUUCAAGUGAUUUCUGUAUUUAAUAAUUAUAUUUUGUAAUGGUAACAAAACUUGUAGUUAUACGAUUUAAAACUACUAUAAAGAACAUAGUGUUUUUAAAGUAUAUUUAAACCAUGGAGCUCAUUAGUACCUUGUAUUGGAACACUUUAAACAUAGUUCAGGUUAAUUACUUACCCAUCAUUAUAUAUUAGUGUACAAGCUAUAUUAAACCAGAGGUAGCCACAGCAACCGUGCCGAUCCUUUAAACUACAUCACCAGAUAACUCACUGGUAAAACUAAUAAUCACACAUUGUGGCCACAAUAAAAGAAUUAUAAUACAUUCCAAUGUGUCCUUUUAUAAAAAGUCAUAAACUCAUUAGAAGAGAGGAAAUACUUCACCUCCACCUCAUUCGUUGUUUUAAGUUGUCAAAUUACUUAAUAGAACUCAACAUUAUGCAUCUGUAGUACAGGAAGUGAAUAGUGGGAGUUUAGACUAAAAAAUUGUUUAUGUAAAUACUUUUGAUAAUAUCAUUAGUUUUAAAAUGUGCUGUGCAUCUCAUUCAGAUGUAACCUAUAUGUAAAAAUGUGUCCCGUUUAAAAAAUCAAUUUAAAAACUAGCUAUGGUACAAUUCAAAGAGAACAUGGUCUUCUAUGAGAGAAAAGUGUCUUUAUUUGUGAUAAAAUCAGGCGCAGCCUUUAAUUGAAUGUUUCUUUAAUCAGUAUUCGCUUUCAAAGAGAUGUGGGCCCCCUUGUGGCCACUGUUGGUACUACAGCAAUGAAAUACAUAAGAGUGUUUAUGAAGAGAUGUAUCUAUUAGUUUCACUCCUAUAUCUAACAUAGUUUAACAAAAUCAAACCUUGUAGAAAACAUACUUCAGUGUGUAGCUACAGCACAGGACAGUCAGUGGUGGAGGAGAUUUUACACCCGACCUCUUAAACAUUUUGCAUGCCGUCAGAGAUGUUUUACAUUUGCAGUUACAUAGAGCAAAGAGAUGGAGGAUCUGAAUGUUUUACCUUCUGUGAAGGCUGGGUUUGGAUAUUUUUAUAUGCAGGUUUGACGUGAAACGACUGUUGGCUUAUGUGUGUGUUCAGUGACCUCCAGUGUUUUUUCUCAAUGACUCUGUUUCAGUUGUGUUUGUGGGUAAUUUUGGUUACACAUUUGUUCCUGUUUGUUUGCACCACUGAUGAACAGCUACAGAGAAAACACUGGAUGAUUUCUAAGAGCGGACUGGGAGAAAUGAUCUAAUGCUUUGUUUAAUUGUGGAGUUUGACACAUUUGAAGUGUGGCACUCGCACGUUUAAUCACGCAUGUAGAUAACGUUCACUGAGAGUGAAUGUAGUGAACAAGAUGAGCACGUUUAUCAUGAAGAGACAGAGUUGUUUAAUGUUCAGGCUCAGAGGGGAAUAUGGGAAUUCUUAGUCUUUACUUGUGAAACCAGUCAUUCUGAUUUCUAAGCAAGACAGAUUAAUCUCUGCUUUUUACAUCCAAUAACUGAAGAAGACGGUUUCUCCUCUAGUCAGUAACAGCCCUGAUGAUAAGACUCUGUAAUGCUCAGAUUUAACUUUCCUGUGUCAUGUAAGUCUACACACGAAGGUUAAACCUGUAUUUAAGUUAGACCGGCAGUUCAUAUCUGAGUUUCAGUUGACUUUGUGAUGUGCAAAUGUGCUCUUACAGUUUAAAAUCCCUCAAAUGAUAAUAAAACCUCAACAACAUGUUUUCGGUACAGUGUUAAGUCUCGUGUAAAGUGCAAAUACAAAAACAGUUUUUUUUUAAAAGGUGGUCAUAAUUUGAUCUUGUUAUAUCACCUCCACAUCUCUUAAUGUAUCAAACUGUAAAAUGUCCUCAUUCAGGAGGUGUAUGAUGACAAAAUUAGACCACAGAGUUCAAUUUUUUAAUUUGUUUAAGGGCCUUAAUCACCCCAUUAUUUCACAUUGCCUUUUGUUGACCUCCUAAAUAAAGGAUUAAUGUGACGUGUGUCGUAUAUUGUUGUUGUCUCCAGCAGCUCUGCGGCUUCAUCUGCUGCCGCACCGACACGCAGUUUCUGACCUACAACAGACAACUGAAAACUCCAAACUAUAACCUAGUUUUCUCUGGCACCACCUUUUAUUUGAAAGAGUGACAGAAGAGCCAAAUAUUUACCUCCUUUAUCAAGAGAAAGUAAAAGAUGGAAGGAUCUGUGUAGGAAGCUCAAAGUUGCUGCUGAAAACUAGACUGAGGUAUUUUAAUUAUUUUUGUACAUUCAACAAACUAUGUUCCACAACUGCUUACAUGUCUUCUGAUUGACCAGUUGAUUGUUGAACAGAAAAUGAGUUGUCAUUUUUAUGUAAAUCCUGAGUGGUACUAAUAAUGUAAAAAACUACAAUAUUCACCUCUGCCCUGUAUCAAAAUAAUGGAUUAAUAAAUGAUUUGUUGCGAACAAU